AUGGAUAUGAGCGAGGAUGAGAGGAAAGUGGCACAAACGAAAUCGGUAUAUUCGAUAACAUUUGAUUCGAUGAAUAUUGACGAUCACAUACAUUGCACUUACUGCUUCUCUGUCAAUUGUCAAUAUAACAAUUGUGCAUUACGUUCAUGUCCCGAAUGUCGUGCCAUAUUGCAUGGUUGUAAACUUGAGGAUCAUUUGCUAAUUUGUGCCAAGGCUUAUGUCUCGUGCUUAUGCGCAGCAUUCGGUUGUCCGGUAUUGCUACGACGUGAUCGAAUGUCACAGCAUUUGAAGCAUUGCUGUGCAUCUACAAUAUGUUGUGCCGUACAGUGGAAUAGACGAACCCUUAGUAAUUACGCAAAACGUAAAUUGAAACGUUUGGCAAAAGGUUUGGAACGAUGGGAAAUAAAGUCUGAAAUGGAUGAUCGUGAAAUUGAUGUUUGUGCCGUACUGGUAGAUCAGGAAGCAGUCAUCGAUUCUUACCGGAUAAGUCGUGAAGAUCGGAAACGUCUAACUGAUUUCCAGAAUCCAUGUCAUCCAUUGAUGCCACUUAGAUUGUCGCUAGCGAAGUUAUCUUGUUUUGCAGAUGAAGACAGCAGUGACGAAGAAAACAGGCAAAAGGAAAUUCAACUUAAGCUUAAACGUUCUCCAUUUGAAAAUUGUUAUUUGUGCAAAUUCGAUCCAGCUAGUCAGCAUCUGCAUGUAUUGGGUAACAUUAGUUUCGAAGGAAAUGAAAAAGCUACGGAAGAAGAAGUGAUUCCACCUGUUAAAGUGUCGCUUUUGCCACCGUUUUAUGAGAUGAGGCAUUUAUGCUUGAAUAUUGGACGUGAACGUUUCUCGGUAUUCGCUCGAAAAGGUGAGAAUAUGCCAUGUGUUCAAAAAGGGAUUUCGGUAUAUACAUUUUGCUGUAACGAAAGCUUUCGUCGUGAUGAAUAUUGUACACAUUAUGAAUUAUCCCAUAUGGAAGCUGAUAAUUGUAUAGGACGCUGUCCAAUGUAUGUUGAUGGAUGCCCUUUUUAUUAUUGGAAAGCGAAACCAUAUUGGGGAGAGUUAAGAUAUAAUCACUAUCUGAAUUGUGUCGUGCAUCGUCCACCUGAACCAUCAAUUAUACCGUCUGAGGGCUCACUGUUGUGUGACUUGCCACCAAUAAUACUGAUUGAAAUUUUGCAAUAUUUGGAUAGUGCAUCAUUGCGUUGUUUAUCAUCAACUUGUAAACAUAUGCGGUUGAUGUGUUUCAAAGUGGUUACUAAUUCUGCAAUGGUACACAUCAAAUGGGAACGAACCGAAAGCGGAAAUUGGUCAGAAAAAUGUUUUAUGUGGGAAUUUAGUAAAUGUCAAAAGCCGAUUCAUGAAUGGAAGAAUGCGAGUGCAACUAUUUUAAGCAACCACUUGUCCGAGUGCACAUUUAAUAUUCCGGAAAAAUUCAAUCAUGAUCGCAUUGCUUUACUUCCCACAGUUAGACAAGCUUUUGCGGAAACGAUUCAUCCUAUUGGGGAUCGAAAUCAACGCCGCAUCGAACAAAUUGUACAAUCUAUUAGAUCUUGA